AUGGCCGGGAAGGUGGCGCUGCUCCUGUGGGCCCAGACCCUCGGCCUCGCUGGUGCCCAGACCACCCAGCUCCUCGUGCAGCCCCCCUGGACGCCGGCGGUGCUGUGGGACCGGGUGACACUGACCUGCCAGGGCUCGGGCACCGCCGGUGCCACCACCUGGUACAAGGACGGGCGGCGCUGGUGGCAGGAUGGACGCGACAGCUUCCUUGUCACCGAGAGUGGCACCUACACGUGUGACAGACCCGGCAGUGGGCGCAGCCCCCCCGUGCUGGUGUCAAAUGAUCUGCUGGUGCUGCAGGUGCCAGCACGGGCACUGCUGGAGGGGGACACGGUGACACUGCGCUGCCGGGGCAGGCCUGAUAAACUACUCACCAGAGUAAAAUUUCACAAGGAUGGGAAGGAUUUAUGGGGGCACCUCAGUCGCACCGAGCUGUCCCUGUCCCGUCUGCAGGUGCACAGCAGUGGUCGCUACCAAUGCAAGGGCUUGGUGGGCUCAGAAAUGAAAGUGUCAGCGCUGGUGACAGUGACAGUGCAUGAGGUCCCACCCUCGGCAGUGUCCGUGUCGGUGCAGGCCCCCGGAGGACAGGUGGCACUGGGGGACAGCCUGGUGCUGAGCUGCACGGUGGCCAUGGGGACAGGUCCCCUGUCCUUCUCCUGGCACCGGGAGGGCUCGGGGGCAACGCUGGGCACCGGCCCCCGCCUGGAGCUGCGGCACGUUGGGGACAAUGACAGCGGCCACUACCAGUGCCGGGUCAGCGACGGUGAAAGCGUGGCCCAGAGUGUCCCCCUGAAUGUCACUGUCCUGGUGCCCGUGGCCAAUGCCACCAUCACCCCCGGUCCCCCGGCACUCCAGGUGCGCCCAGGUGACCCCGUGACCCUGCGCUGCUCGGUGCAGGUGGGCUCAGCCCCUGUCACCUUCACCUGGCUCCACAACGGCCAGGAGCUGGCCCGGGGUCCCCUCCUGGAGAUUGGGGACGUCGAUGUGGGACAUUCGGGCACCUACCAUUGCAUGGCCACCAACCAGCUGGGACAGGACGGGCACCGCGUGUUCCGGGCACUCAGCCCAGAGCUGGCCCUGGAGGUGACACCGCAGGGAACCACUGGACACCUCUGGAUCACAGUGGCUCUGAAUGUCGGCAGGACCCUCCUGUACCUGCUCCUGCUCCUGGCUGUCAUCGGGGGCUGUCACUGGUGGCACCGCCGGGCCCUCAGGAAGCCACAGGAAAGGCCUCCCCAGGAGCCUUCGGCCCCCCCAGAGGAGGGCGCAGCGCUGGACCCCCACAUUGUGUGCACUGAUAGGGCAGGGGGUGACCAUGCAGAUCUGCUGGGACCCCACGGGCAGCACUGGGACCCCAGUGACGUCUACGAGAACAUGCUGUGA